AUGUCAAUUGUUGACACUGCUACUGAGCGCGCCUACGGCUGGGGCGCAAUGGCACUUUUCCAAUGCACCGCGACGAACUUUGCUGGCAUGCUCGUCAUCGUCAUUCGUCUCCUGCUUGGUGCUUUCGAGGCUGGUUUCUUCACCGCUGUCGUCUUCUACCUCACGCUAUUUUACACGCGUGGGGAGCUUGGGUUCCGCAUCGCGCUUUUCUUCAGUAGUGCGCUACUUAGUGGUGCCUUUAGUGGUCUCAUUUCGUUCGCCGUUUUCCGCAUCGAGCAUACCAUCCCGGGCUGGAAAUGGCUGUGUAUCAUCGAAGCGGAGCGACGCACGCUCCGCGAUCCAUCUUCGACUGGAUCUCAUGAUUUCAAUGUGAAAUCCAUGUUCAAGGACUGGAAGGACUGGAAGAUGAUGCUCUGGUGCAUCAUCGCCUUCACCUACCCUGUCGCCUUCGCCACAACAUCGAAUUUCCUGCCCCAAAUCGUCCAGUGCCUUGGCUAUAGCGUAGUCACAAACCUUUGGGCUAUGGCGCCCAACACUGUCGGCUUCGUCGUGCUGUCGUGUAUCUGCUAUAGCUCAGACUACUUCCGCGAACGUACAUUAGACAUCGUCCUCUCGCUGUGCAUUUCGCUCGUCGGUCUCAUUAUCCCCGCAACAAUAGAUGUUCUGCAUAAUAAGAGUGCGACUUACUUCGCAUGCUUCAUGCUAGCUUCCAGCGCUUAUAUCCCAUCCUGCCUCGUGCACUGCUGGCACAAUAACAACAACCUCCACGAGAAUGCGCGCGCCUCUACUACCGGCCUCCUGGUCGGCUUGGGCAACUUGGGGGGUAUCUUGACGGCAGCGACGUUUAGAAGUCAGUAUGCGCCCAAGUACGUGCCGACAUUGAUUGCAACCGCGGCGUGCAAUAUUACGUGUAUCUGCUUUACGAUGAUUUUGGGUGGUGUGUGGAUGAAGACGGAUAACCGGAGGAGGGAUAACUAGCAGGGGCUGAGAAUCCGCGCGGAGAAGAUCCGGACGGACCAAUUAGCUGAUGGGAAGAAGAGUGAGCAGUGGCGGUACUUCACUUAGACGAGGGACUUAGUGCGCGAGCAGAUUCGGGAAGAAGGUCAUGCUAAGAAGGACGGUAAAGAGCCCUUUUCCAAUAAAAGUUGCUGUACAAGUCUUUGCGGUAUUGACGAGAUCAAGAGGAGUUGGACUGGCUAGUGCGAUAUUGUGGCUUAGUUUCUCGGCGGUAGAUUACACGGUGACAUAGGCUGUCCACCGAAUCUGAAUCCAUC